GAAGAUGACAGAGAACAUGAUUGGUCACUUGAUGAAGAUUUCCAAGAGCAGCUUUCAUUGUUCACUCGACAAUUCAAGAAGCAGUGGAUUCAGAAGAAAUCAAAUCAAAGACAUGAAGGCACCUCCAAGGGACUUCCAUCAAAAGAUGCUAAGUAUAGAGAAGCCAAAUACACAGAAAGCUCAAACUAUAUGAAGAAGAAGGGGCCACAGUGUUUUGAAUGUGGCGGAUAUGGCCAUAUCCAGUCUGAGUGUGCCAACAAUCUAAAAAAGAAGAGACAAGCUUUCAAGGCAACUUGGAGUGAUGAUGAAACUGAAGAUCAGAGUGAUUAUGAAGAAUCUAACUGUGCAUUCAUUGCAAAUGUUGAUCUAGGUGACGAAGAGAGUCUUGAGGAACAACUCAAGGAUCUGCAAGAAAAAUGGUCAGAACUCCUGAUGGUGAACAAAAGGAAUGUCACAGACAAAAACAGACUGAUGUCAGAAGUUGAUGCUUUGAAGGAAAGAAUUGACGGACUCACCAGGAAAAUUGAAGAACUUGAAGGAGAAAAAACCAAUCUGCUAUUUGAGAUAAACCAACUAAAGUCCUAUCAAAAAUGGAUCAAGGUUGCUGGAGCAGAGGUGUUAGAUCAUCACUCGAUUAUGGCAAAAUCUCCUGGAGACAUGACAUGCAUUGGAUAUACAGAUAAAGGAAAAAUGCCACAAUCUCUUGAAGUCAAGUUUGUCAAAGCUUCUGAAGUAACGACAUCCGCCAGCCCACAUCAGUCCAAAAAGAAGCAUCAAACACUCUCAUACAAGAAUCCCUAUCAUCAUUACAGAUGCUAUAACUGCAACAAGUGGGGACACAUACAACGCCAGUGUGGCACUAGAUGGAGCAAGCGAUGGGCCACUAAGCGGUACAAACAAAUCUGGAUACCAAAACAGUCUGCCUCUGUGGCCAACACUUGCUACCGGGUCACUCGAGAUCAAUGGCUCCUAGAUAGUGGAUGUUCACAUCAUAUGACAGGUGACAGAGAAAACCUCAUUAACAUCAAGACGCUUGAACAAGGAAGUGUUCGUUUUGGUGGUGGAGCACAAGGAAAAAUAGUUGGCAGUGGCACGCUCAAUGUAUCCGGACUACCACCUAUCAAAAAUGUAUG